AUGGGGGCCCGCGUGCUCGGGCAGCUGUGCUCCUCGCUGCUCCCCCUGGACGGGUUCUCCCCUCCGGGCCUGACGCCCGCGCGGCGGCCUCGGCCCGGCUCGCGGCGGUGCGGGCGCGCGUCCGGCCUGGCGCGGGGCCUCGGCGGCGGCGCGGGCGGCGGCGCCGCUCACACCCAUGAGGAGCCGCAAGGUGCCGUGCGCUCCUCGGCGCCCCGCAGCUGCUCCGCCAGGUUGGCCUCCGCCCCGGACGUCGCGGCCGCCGCGCCCGCCAGGCCCGCUUGCCAGCCCUCUUCCUCACACAGAGCUGCCGACCGGCGGGCCUCCAAGAAGUUCAAGUGCGACAGAGGCCACCUGGCCAGAUCGGAGUUACCGGAGCCGGUGCCUAAGGGUGCUGGUGCUGCUCUGCCUGAAGUGUCCCCAGACGCCCCUUGUAAGAAUGAGCCCCUGGAGCUUGCAGAAGACAGGGCACUGCCCCCCCAAAUGGAGCCGACCCCUCCGCACAGCAGGAGGCCAGUGGCCUUCCCCUGGGCAGCAGCCGAGCCAGCAGCGAGGCCAGCGCCACAGGGACUGAGGACGGCCCAGCCCCGCCCGCGACCGAUGCAGUCCGGAGAGGUCGAGAGCGGCUGCCUCUCCAGGGACGACCCGGUGCCGGAGGCCCCACCCCAGGGGUCCCCGCUGCAGAUGGACAACAGCGUCUUUCUGGACGACGACAGCAAUCAGCCCAUGCCCGUGAGCCGCUUCUUCGGAAACGUGGAGCUCAUGCAGGACCUGCCACCGGCCGCCUCUUCAUGCCCCUCCAUGAGCAGGCGCGAGUUCAGGAAAAUGCACUUCAGAGCCAAGGACGACGACGAGGACGAGGACGGCGCCGAGGUGUGAGGUGUGGCGGCAGGGACAGGACUGUGGGGCCUGAACCCCAGAUGGCGUGUCCCCGCUCAGGCCGCGCCGGCCGUGGAAGCCGGGGUGCAGACAGGGCAGCGCGACGGCUCGGCCGCAGUGGCGGGGUCACGAGGCCUCGGAAGGAAACUAGAGCGGUCUGGUUUUGACGGCGGCAGGUUUAGUUUCCAUUAUCAAAACUUGAUCAUUCUUGUGAUUAAUUCGAUGCCAGUUCUUAAAGAACUCACUUUUAUUUCUGUACCUGAAGCUAAUGUUUACCUUGGAAACUUUGCAAAGUACAGACGAGAAAGAAAUAAAAUAUAUUUUAAAAAUGUUUUCUAAGAAGUCUCCUGUCCUGAACCG